AUGAUUGUCUCUAUUCAAAUGAACGGAACUAAAGCAAACAUCUUUGCUAGCAUAGACAAAGGUUCCAUGAAUACUGUGGAUCCAGAAAGCUUUAACUUUAUCAAGAAUGCCACUAAAUUAAUGAAAGAGGUUUUAAGCGAACAUAGCGAUCUUCGCAAAUUCGUACCACACAUUGAGUCCGUCGAACAUAUAUUUCUAUCCAGUACUAUCGAUAUGUUUAAUGAGAACCGAGAUGGUAGACUUGAUGGUAUUUGUGUACUAAAUCAUGGCGAUUUUCAUGCAAAAAAUAUAAUGGUGCAAAAUGUGGAUGGCAAACUGAAAGAUCUCAUGCUGCUCGACUAUCAGAUUAGCAUAUUUGGUUCGCCAGCUAUUGAUCUACACUAUGCCUUCAUCAUGAUGUUCAGUCCAGAAAUGCGGCGAGAGCAAUUUGACGAAUUGUUGUAUUAUUACAUAACGAAUUUGCAGGAGACUCUACGCAAAGCAGAGUACAAGGGACGUAUUCCGACCAAUGUGGAAUUUCGACAAGAACUGCAGAAGCGCAGAUAUUGGGGACUCUUCUUACUUUUAUCCUUUUUGGCUUUCAAAUACACAUUUGCUGAUAAAAAAAGCGAUGUUGCCAAACUGAUUGAAAAUGCGGAGGCACAGAAGAACCAACUACGAGAUCCAAAGCUGCUGAAUGAGCUAAGAGAGCUUUUGCCAAGAUUUUUACACAACGGCUACUUUGAGUAUUAAAAUUAU